AUGGAAGGCCACGACUAUGACAGACGUCAGGUGACAACGGCUGCCAAGGACGAAAGCUUUGCUGACAGUUCGCCAUCACUCAAGUCGCUUCAAGGAUUGGUUCGCCUGACUACGGACGACGACCUGCCGCCCGGCUGUUUGGCAGACGUGCCUCUAGCGGCAGGCAACGCCUCGCGAAGGCCCGCCUCCCACGGGCCGCAGGUGGGCGCGGGCAGCGUGGAAUCCGGAAGGGCGGCAGUGGCGGCGGCGGCACCUCAAAGGCGGCCCAGACCCACAUAUCGGGCCCAAUUAAUGCGCGCCUGGGAAGCCGCCGCCUUUUACUUAGGCGUCCGGGGCACGGAGUGCAACACGCCUGUGCUCUGUACCAGCGACCGGCGGGCCACACGUGCGCCGCAUUCCUCCGGCAGCCGGUCGCAGCAGGAAGCGAGAAGCCCGGCAGGCUCGGCGAGGGGAGUCGGUCCGCGCCGCGGCGCGCCGCGCGUCCUUGCUGGGAGCGGAGCUGCGCCCGCAGCCGCGUCCGCCGGCGACACCUCCGGCUCCAGCUCCAGCUCCAGACUCGCCUGCCCAAAGCGCAGCCGCGUGGCCCGCCUCGCACCGCGCCGUGGCGGCGCCCUGUCUGGGGCGGCCGACAUUACCUCCGUCGCCGCGGUUACGAAAUCACUCGUAAUUCACCGCCGCACAGAUGCAGCUGCGGCUGCGACUCCAGCAAACCGGUUAACAAAACCUCCUGCAUCAGCAGCUUGGCCCGCACCCAUGCCUGACAUGCCCAAGAUCAUCUCACUCGACGUCAAGUGCGAGCGCGACCUCAUGAAGGUGUACCUGGCCUUCGACAAGCCGUUCUACGGCAUCGUGUUCAGCAAGGGCCACUACAGCAACGUCAACUGCGUGCACCUGCCCGCCGGCCUGGGCCGCAAGGCGGCCACCUUCGACAUCAGCAUCCACUCGUGCGGCACCGCCGGCAACUCCGAGAACGGCCUCUACGGCUACGGCGCAGACUCCGGCUCCGGCACCUACUUCGAGAACAUCAUCGUCGUGCAGUACGACCCGCAGGUGCAGGAGGUGUGGGACCAGGCGAGGAAGCUGCGCUGCACGUGGCACGACCAGUACGAGAAGUCCGUCACGUUCCGGCCCUUCCCCGUCGACAUGCUCGACGUCGUCAGGGCUGACUUCGCGGGAGACAACGUCGGCUGCUGGAUGCAGAUACAGGUGGGCAAAGGCCCGUGGGCCUCAGAGGUGUCUGGGCUGGUGAAGAUCGGCCAGACGAUGACGAUGGUGCUGGCCAUCAAGGACGACGACUCGAAGUUCGACAUGCUGGUGAGGAACUGCAUGGCGCACGACGGCAAGCGCGCGCCCAUCCAGCUGGUGGACCAGAAGGGCUGCGUCACCAGGCCCAAACUCAUGUCGCGCUUCACCAAGAUCAAGAACUUCGGCGCCAGCGCCUCCGUCCUCUCGUACGCGCACUUCCAGGCCUUCAAGUUCCCCGACUCGAUGGAGGUGCAUUUCCAGUGCACCAUCCAGAUCUGCCGCAACCAGUGCCCCGACCAGUGCUCCGAGGCGCCACCGCUGGCGCUCUACGGGGCCGACACCAUCUAUGGUAAGCCAAGCCCGCCGCCGCAGCCCCUGGAGGCGUACCUGAACGCCGCGGGCGCUGCGCGGCCCCGAGACGAGCGUCGGGUGCGCCGGCAGCGGCGGGAGGUGCCGCCCCACGACGCACGCCGCCAGCAGGACGCCUCCGGCUCGACGCCACCCCCGGAGAAGUCGGUGGGCGUGAACCGCGUCAUCCGCGUCGUGUCGACUGGUGACCUGACGUUUCCGCUGGACGAGGCGGCGGCGCGCCAGCAGGCCAUCCCCGUGGCCGAGGGCUCGACGGCGGGGGCGGGGGCGGGCCCCGACAGCGAGCCCGCGCCGCACCACCUCAUCUGCAUGACGACGCCCGGCUUCGCGGCGACGCUGGUGGUGCUGCUUGCCGUGCUGCUGGCGUCGUGCCUGGCGUCGGCGCUGCUGUGCGUGCGCCUGCGCCCGCUGCUCGCCGCCGCC